CGCUCAUUUUUUUGUGUGUGCAUUCGAGGCGGGAGGUAAUGCUGUGGGUUUCUUCGCAUCGCUCACCCGCUCCCACUCUCGACUGUAUUGAGAAUUUGCAAUGCUCGUGCAAUUUGUCGGUUGUUGCGAAGGAUUUUGCUUUGCGAUCCGUCAUUUGUCGCUACCUUGAGGAAAUUCUUAGUGAGGUUAGCGAGGAUCAGCUUUCUUUUUUCUUUUUUCUUUUUUUUGAUAUUAGGGUGCAUGAAGUAAUUUAGUCGUAAGGGAGAGAGGUUGAAAGCCUUUGAGGUGCUUGGUGGUAUUGGCGGCCAUGGCGUCGGAUUUGCGGAAGCGGAGGCGGACGGUGGAGGAGGAAGUGCCGCCGAGAGACAGAGAGAAGGAGAAGGCGGAUGAGGUGGAAGAAGUGAAGAGCAAAGGUUUGGGGUGGGGUGGAGCUUUCCUUCUCCUCAUGGUGGCCCGUUAUUACAGUGUUGUCUAUAAUAAUAUUCACGACUGCGACGAGGUGUUCAAUUACUGGGAGCCGCUUCACUACCUUCUUUACAAGUCCGGGUUCCAAACCUGGGAGUACAGUUCCGAAUUUGCACUGCGGUCAUAUUUGUAUCUGUUGCUUCAUGCUGUUGUUAGUGGACCUUCUUUGUUGCUGUCUAACGCAGGUUUUACUAAGAUGCACGUGUUCUAUUCGGUGAGACUCGCACUGGGUUUAGUAUCAGCGGCUACUGAGGCUACUUUAGUGAGUGCUGCUAACCAAAAGCUAGGACCAAGGGUUGGAAUGUACACAUUAAUGCUCCUUUGUGUUAGCAGCGGAUGUUUCAACGCAAGCACCAGUUUCUUACCGAGCACUUUCUCAAUGUAUGCAAUCACACUGGCAUCAGCACUGGUUUUAUUGGGAGGCAGACAUAAAGCAGUUGUUGCAAUUAGUGCAGCUGGAGUUCUUGUAGGCUGGCCUUUUGCAGCUCUGGCUGCUGCUCCAUUGGUGGUUUACUCGUUAAUAAGUGGAGGCUUUUUUCAUGUGUUCUUGGCCGGAUUGCUCUCAACGCUAUGUACAAUGGUUUUAUCGGUCCUGGCAGACCGCCACUUCUAUGGACGAUGGACGUCUUCGGUUGUUAAUCUGGUAUUCUACAACGUAUUCAGUGGAGAAGGAAGCACCUUAUAUGGAGUUGAAGGUCCAACGUUCUAUUUUUUGAAUGCGUAUAACAAUUUCAACUUCUCGUUUGUGCUGGCUUUACUGUCUCCAAGUCUGCUGUAUAUUGAAAGACGAGACUAUGACAGCCUUCCGCGUAAACCAAAUCGUGGAUAUCCCAGGCUGCUUGUUGCAAUUUCGCCCCUUUUCAUCUGGGUUGCCUUCAUGUCAUUGCAAGCGCACAAGGAAGAGAGGUUUCUGUAUCCAAUUUACCCGCUUAUUUGCUUGGCUGCAGCAGCAACGAUUGAGAGGCUUCAUGAUUUUCUUCCAGAAUCGUGGAAAUUGCAUGAAUACCUUUCUUGGAUCACUUGGUGGGUGAAGAGAGCUCGACCAUUGGUACUAGGAGGCAUUCUAGCGCUUUCUUAUUGCAGAACUUUGUCGCUGUUCCAUGGCUAUUCUGCUCCUAUGCAAGCUUACCGCCAUCUUCCUCCACUGAAUGCAAACACCACUUCUGAGGCGACUGUCUGUAUUGGCGACGAAUGGCAUCGCUUUCCUUCUUCGUUUUUUUUGCCCUCUUCACACUAUCAUGUAGCUUGGCUCAAUGAUGGUUUCACCGGACUUCUUCCUCGCCCUUUCGAUCCUGCCCUUGGAGGAACCACAGCCGCACCUCGACAUUUCAAUAGCAAGAAUAAAGCCUCAGCAGAUCAAUUUUUAGCGGACGAGAGCCUUUGUGAUUUUCUAAUUGAGCUCGAACUUAACCGGGAUGAUAGAACUUACAGAAGCCACAACAAAGAAUCCUGGAAGCCUGUGUACGAGCUCAGAUUCUUGGACAAAGAGUUGUCGCCUGCCAAAACUCGUGCCUUCUUUUUUCCAUGGAUUUGGGAAAAGUCGAACAAAUUUGGAACUUAUAGAUUGCUCAGGCGCAUGAACGAGAGCGCCAGUAUUUGAGCUCAAGGUUUUCUGCUUCUGCAAUGUGUUGUCUUACCAGAUAUUAGUUGAUUGCUUACAUGGACAUUUUGAAAUAUAUAUAUAUAUAUAUAUAUAUAUAUACAUUCAGAAGGCUUCAGAGGAGCCAAAAUUUUACCAAACAGUGUCUAGCGUAUGUUGGUCGUAAGAUGACCAAUCAUUCUUUAAAGUACUGUGGAUCUGCAGGAGCUGGGCCCCAUUUUUGGACAGUUUACCAUUUUAAAGUCCCCUACUUUUCUUUUUC